AUGACAUACCUAAAGCUUAUUUGUUGCACUGUAUGUUUUAAAAAUGGUCUACAUAGCUUAUCAACCAAGUCAGUGCUGUUAAAAAUUUCCAAUGCACAAUACAAACAACACUUAGCAAAGAUAUCAACUUCUCAUUUCUACAAUAGCAACCUACCAUUGACAAGUCAAAGUCAGAGUGUGGUAGCAAAGAAAAAACCUAAAAAUGUCCCCCAAGACACUAGAGUAUGGAAGGAGACACCGACUCAUGAUAUUAAAAAUAAUUUAGUUCAAUAUUGUAUGAUGCUUUCAAAGUUUCGAUUGACAUCACUAGUUGUAAUGACAUCUAUGGCUGGCUAUGCCCUAGCACCUGCACCAUUUGACUUUUCAACAUUUGCAUUGUGUGCAGUAGGGACUGGACUCGUGAGUUCUGCGGCUAACUCUAUUAAUCAGUACCAUGAAGUACCUUUUGAUGCUCAGAUGUCUCGGACUAAAAAUAGAGUGCUUGUCAAAGGUUUAUUAGAACCACUACAUGCAAUAGGAUUUGCUGCUGCAACAAGUGUGACAGGACUAAGCAUACUUUAUUUUGGAGUCAAUCCUUUAACUGCUGCUUUGGGAGCUACAAACUUGGUGCUUUACACCUCUAUUUAUACACCAAUGAAAAGAAUGUCUAUAUUGAACACCUGGCUAGGAUCUGUGGUUGGUGCUAUACCUCCUCUUAUGGGUUGGGUAGGAUGCACAGGCUCAUUUGACAUGGGGGCACUAGUUUUGGGUGUAAUAUUAUACUCCUGGCAAUUUCCCCAUUUCAAUGCACUCUCGUGGAACCUACGACCGGACUACUCACGCGCUGGAUAUCGAAUGAUGGCAGUGACUGAUCCAGCUCUAUGUAGAAGAGUGGCUUUAAGGCACACAGGAGUUAUAACAGCAACGUGUCUUGCAGCACCAUAUCUUGGAGUCACUAAUAUUUGGUUUGCGGCUGAAUCAUUACCAUUAAAUAUUUAUUUUGCGUACUUAGCAUGGCAGUUUUACCAGAAGUCGGACAGUGGCAGUUCAAGAAAACUGUUCAGAUUUUCAUUACUCCAUCUACCUGCUCUUAUGUUACUUAUGCUUGUUAAUAAGAAAUAUUGGAGUUCUACUGAUACUCAAGAAAAUGAGAUCAAAAUGUCUGAUAUAAAAGUGACAGAUUCAAAGCGUAUUACAGUCCUACCGAGAGGCCCCGUUGUCGCUGCGCAGGAGUCCGACAGUGAAGGGAAUAAAUGUUAA